AUGUAUGAACCACGGUACUAUGAUAGCCCCCCUGUAUACAGCCCACCAUAUAGCACCACCUCCCUCAGCUUCUACCCUUCAAGGAGUGUUCAGUCUCCCCAGAUCCAGCAUGUUCCUUACACUCACAAGCUGUCUCCUGACUCCUACUACCUGGAAGGACAGCCUCAGCACUUCUACCGGUGGUUCUCAGCUCCGGGUUUCGUCAAGACUUUCCAAGGGGCCACAGUGCUCAUGUGUUUCAUCAUCUUUGCCUGCAUAGCUUCAACCUUGGUGUGGGACAUGAAUGGAUUUGGGUAUGGGGGUUACGGUGUGGGUGACCCAGUUUCUGUUGGUGGAGUAGGUUCUGGAUAUUAUGGAGGCAGCUAUGGCUAUGGCAGCUCUUACAUGACGCCGCAGUCGGCUAAGGCAGCAAUGAUUUCUAUGGCUGCCAUCAUCUUCUUGGUUUCACUUGGGUUUCUGGUGGGAAGUUUCUCUCGGUCCAGAAUGAUGCGGGGGUGCAGGUUUUACCUCACUGUUUUCAUCUGUGACAUCAUUCAGGCAGUGCUCCAGGGCAUCAUUAAUAUCAUCUUUGUGAUUGGCGUGAACCCGAUGUCUCAGAGCUCACAGAGCAUGCUGUAUAACCCCAUGCUGAGGAUGUGUCAGAGCAUCCAGGGUAGCCCCAGCCUCAGCAGCAGUGUGGGGGCCGGUUUUCCUGGAAGGUUUCCUAUGUAUAAUCAAUACCUGCACCACUACUGCUACAUGGACCCUGAGGAGGCAAGAGAAGUUAUUUCAUUCUGUUGA